AUGGCUAUCGUUUUCGUUGCAGUGAGUGGAAUGAGCGCAGUUCCUAAGAGCGUUGGUUUUGAGGGUAAGGGGCGUGCCGGCUGCCACGGUGGCAAAGGUAACGGAGGCGGUGGCAACGGCAACGGAGGCGGUGGCAGUGGCAAUGGAGGCGGUGGCAGUGGCAACGGCGGCGGCGAAUCGCCAUCGCCAUCAGAAGCGCCAACAACCAGCAGUAGCUAG